AGAUACAACUGAAAAUCACGCUGUACUUGACUCCUCAUAUAAAGAGAGUAUCGCACGUUAUGAUAUAUUUACUUCCUGAACCAUGUCCAAAUCAGAGCUAGAGGUUCGACUUGCGCCGGAACGUUUGAACGACAAGAAACCGUGCUCUGCUGUGAAUGCUUAUCACAAUUUGCUGACCCUUCAAGAGGUGCGAGCUUUAGUGAAAGAUGCGACAGGCGUUGAAGCAGAUGUUCAAAAGUUCUAUCUGGAAUCCUAUUCAGACGCGAAGCUUGGAUUUCUAGGGUCCCAUCAGAGGCUCUGCGUGGAAGUAAAAUCCGCAAAUGGAGUGGAAUUGUUGUCCUUCUUCGUUAAAGUUGUACCGUACGAUGUACCAACUCAAGCGGAAUACGUACUUGACAAAUGUGUCUUUCUGAAGGAGAGAAUCUUCUAUCGUGACAUAGUUCCGCAAUUUUACCACGAGUACAAACAUGAACGGUGGACGGCGACCUGUUACUUGGUGAAAGAGAACAUGCUUGUGUUUGAAGACUUGGGUGCAAAGGGUUAUUCAUUGAGGAACAAGUUGUUCGAUAAGGAACUCAUUGUUUCUGCUUUGACAACUUUAGCCAGCUUACACGCGUCCUCUUUGAUGGCGGAAGCACGACUUGGAAAGUCCUUGAAGAAGAUGUAUCCACAUGUCUUCAUGGAGAAUGCUUUCUCUGAAACUGGGAAAACUAGAACGUGGUUCAAUGUCGGCGUGAAUGCAGCAGUUGCUAUCGCUGAACAUCUUGGUCUUGAUGCUAGUUUAAUACCAAAAGCAUGUGAAGAAGUGUUUCCAGCCAUGAAGACGUCAUCUACAAAAAGGAACGUAGUUAGUCAUGGAGAUUUAUGGGGAAAUAAUAUGAUGUUCAGUAAUACUCUACCUCUAAAGUGUUUGUUGGUAGAUUUUCAAUUGUUGAGGUACUCUCCUCUGGCGCAUGACGUGAUACAGUUCCUCUAUCUCUGCGCUGACCGUGAUUUUAGAGUAACCUGGGAAGAGACUAUGUUGAAGCAUUACUAUAGUGUGCUGUGUAAGAUUCUGAACUCGACAAAAUCAAUCUGUGUGGAAGUUCCACCUUGGUCUGAAUUGAUCCAAGGAAUAGAGGAACAGAGAUUAGCUGCUGUCAUCACUGCGGUUAUAUAUUUUCAAACUGUGUUGAUGGACGAGGAAGUAAGCGCGAAAAUUCUGAACGAGCCUAACAGUUAUUAUGAGUUCGAGUUUAAGGAUAGAAACGAGCCCGUACUUAAUGCUAUGAAAACUGACCCAAUGUAUUGUAAGCGAUUAACAGAGAUUAUUACUGAAUUGGUCGAGCUUAGUUUUCGAUUGGAUAAACUACCGAAACCGACAUAACAGUAAAAAAGUUUCUUGAGACUAGUGAUAAAUUUUUUCACUCGCACCUUAGCACAAGUUUUGAACAGAAGUUCAUUGUAACACGACAUUUCGGUUUAUGUACAAUAUUUAUAUAGAUAAAUAUACAUGAACGCAGACAUUGUAUUUGUCAAGUAACAUGUAAUAGU